ACGACAAAUCAUCUCAACAUGAAGGUUCUUAUUUUCCUGACUCUAGCUGGCCUCGCUACCGCAAUCGACUACGAGCACGUGCUCCAGUCUCCUGGAGAACUCAAGAACCUGUUCAAUGAGUUCAAUCUUAAGUUUGCCAAGGCUUUCUCUCCCUCUGAAGGACCCAUGAGAAUGAGGCUGUUCAGGAACGAUCUGAAGCAGAUCGUCAGGCUCAACAAGGAACACGAGUGGGUCUCAGGAAUCAACCAGUUCACAGCCAUGAUAGUUGCUGAGAAACAACAACACCUCGGACUGAACAUCUCCUUCUCUGCCCCCGCCCCUGAAGAGGAACUUGUCCUGUCCUCUCUCCCCGCUGCCACCGCCAAAGACUGGAGAAAGGAAGGAAAGGUUGCAGCUGUUAAGAACCAGGGUGGUUGUGGAUCUUGCUGGGCUUUCUCUGCUGUCGGAGCUGUUGAGACCAACUAUGUACGUUCUUCAUUGAAGUAUGAAAGUGAUGCUGCUAUCCAGACCGGAAAAAGGAAGCAGUUUGCUGAGCAGGAGUACCUCGACUGUACUUACAGCAGCAGCAGAGACGGAUGCAAGGGAGGAUGGUACUUCGAGGCUUGGUCCUACUCCGCUAAGGCCGGACGUCUUGCAACUCUGGCUGCUGCACCCUACAAGGCUAAAGACGGAUCUUGCUCUUACGACAGAGUUCACAACGGAUUCAUUGCUGCCAAAAUCACUGGAUCCAAAAGGGUCUCCAGAGGAGAGGGAAGCAUGAUCCAUGCUAUGAACUCUGGUGCUGUGUCUGUCGCUUACGAGGUCACUGACGAAUUCUUCAAGUACCAAGAGGGGAUCAUCCGUGAUAACACUUGCAAAAGUUAUGCUAACCAUGCUGUCACAGCCGUAGGGUACACCCACUCUGCAAUGAUCGUAAAGAACUCAUGGGGAGCCUGGGGAAUGAAAGGAUAUUUCUACACCGCCAGAGGACAUCACGGUUGUGAGAUCUACAACCACGGAAAUGUGCCUACCUGGAAAUCAACUGGAAAGUCAGACACUGAUGCUGAUUACGUCCCUGUUGAAGAUGAAGACUGCAAGGGAACUAACGCUGAUGGCUGUCCCUGUGGAACAGUGAGGUGCAGCAAUGGAUCCUGCAAACACGCUCACAUGUGCCACUAAAGAAUCUGCCAGAAGAAGUCAAGA